UGUCAUGUGGGAUUGGGUGGGCUUUUAAAUGUAUAGAUUUUUCACGUGUUCUUGUAUUUACAGAUUUAUUUUUACGCGUUCCUCAUUUUCCGAGAAGCUGAUGUCCCUGAAGAAAAGAUGCAUUAUCUCGCUCUUGGCAUUGGAGCCGGUGAAGUGAUUACUGUAUCAGCAUGUGCUUUUAUGAUUGUUUAUAAUUGAGCGUGCUGGCAGGAAAAAGCUGGGCUACGGUUACCUCCUGAUGGGAGUGAUGAUGUCUGUGCUGACUGUCCUGCUGACCAUCAAGGAUUGGUACCCCUGGUUGCCUUAUUUCAACAUUGCCCUACUGUUCUUUGUCAUCUGUAUUUAUGGAUUAGGACCAACAUCCAUGUGCCUUCCAGCUGACCUCUUCCUGCAAAUGUGGCGUCCCUCUGCAUUUGCAGUUGGAGGCAUUGUCAACUGGGGUGGCCUCUUCCUCAUUGGGAUGCUUUUCCCCUAUGUUGUGUGGAAUGGGACCAUUCUGUUUCCUGGUAUUUGUUGCCUACUGUAUCUUCACUGCAGCAUUUAUGCUGUAUUUCAUCCCAGAAACGAAAGGGAAAUCCUCAAUGGACAUCACUGAGGAAUUUAAUAAACUGAACUUUAAGAAACUGGAAAAGGGAACUGAUCUGUUUGCAACUAAGUUCUAACGAUUUACAUGACAACACUUGCAGAGGUUUAUGUAUCUAUUCUGCACAUAUAUUUGAAAUGUUUGUAAGAUUAGUAAACAUAAUCUGCCUUUGGAACAUUGGAUGAAUGGUUGCUGAUAAUGGGCA